AUCUUCUUUCUUUUUCUACCAUUUUUCUACAUUCAAGCUCGCUUCCUGAUCCUUAUCUACUCCUUUUUCUGGCAACAAAUUUUAUCCUUCUUUGCUUGAGCAGUGAGCAGCAGCAACCAAAUCCUACUAUUUAAGGCUGGCUCCACAUGAUUGGGAUCACCAAAUAGAUUUCCAUCCCGCCAGUGCGUGAGAUGUGAGCAGUGGCAGUGAACAGCGGCACGCCGGCACCGUAGCAGUCCAAAAUCUUUCCCUCCCCUGCGGCAAAAUUCUGGAAAUCUCUUCUUCAAUUUUAACACCUUUACGAACCCUAAUUAGACUUUUUCAGGUGGCACUUAUAUAGUUAAUUAAAUGGUGCAUUCUGGGCUUACAGAAGCUGGACCCAUUAUUACCAUUACCACCACUUACUGGCCAGUAGAUCCUCCUCAUCCACUGAAUGAUGCCAAUAUAUUAUACGGGAUUUAUGAUAAUGGUGUUGUGAAAAAGGAAUGCUGCAUAGUGAAAAACUUCUCCAAAACAGGGGUAUCUCAGCAAGAUGAAUUUGCUUCACGCGUGCAAGAUGAAUUUGCUUCACGUAUGCAAGAAAAGGGGUUCUCAAAUCUUUGUUUGGAAGUUUAUGCUUAUGAUAAACAUACUGACACCCUGAUUUGCGAGCGUUUUGAGUCCACACUCAUGUCUUGGACCAAAAAAUUUUUAGAAACUCCUCGUAAGCGAGAUAUUUGGAAGGAGCAGGAUAAUUCCAUAUCUGGACGAUCUUUACUGAGGCCUCUUUUUGGCUUUUUGAUGGUUUAUCCUCCAGAACGUUAUUACCAUCCGGAUUUGCUCAACUCAGUUUACAUUAUAGCUGAAAAUAAAGUCAAAUUUCUAUCAAAGGUGACAGUGGAUUCGAGACCUCCUGCGUCGGAGAAUAAUAAUUUGUCUGAGGUUUUAUCCUUUAUAUAUGGAAUCUCAGUAGGAGAUAUGCAACAAGUAUCAAAGAAAAUUGGAGAUCCCAAAUUUGCACAACCUUUGCCAGAAUCUUCGGCUCAUAUUCCAAAGAGCCUUCAGAAUCUCUACAAAUAUUUGCAACAUUGUGCACGUUUCUUCUUUGAUCCACCCUUCCUACACAAAUGGUAUGAUCGGAUUCAUUAUGUUCAUGAUGUAUAUAUGGAGGCCUUCUGCUAUAAUCCAUCAAUCAAGACGGAAUUGUCACGCAUCAUCAAAUGGGGUAGCUGGGAGAAGUCUCUAUCCAAGAAAGAUGAUGUUUUGAAAGAUAAUGAAGAAUUCAGAAAUUCUAAAAUGGCUGCUGCUCGUGGAAACAUGUUUUAUAAACCUCACGAGCGGAAGGUGGGGAUGAUUAAAUACUUUGUCAACAUUUUCAAACAUUUGCAUUCUGAUCUCCCACAUACGCAGGUCAGCUUUACUUAUCAUGUAUUUUAAUAAAGGAAAAGCAUUAUAAAGCAUUAUUUCAAGUAGUUUUUCAGUUAAGAAUUGUUGAAUACUGUUUGCUGCUGUUCUUUGUUUGGCAACAUGUUGGCUGUUGAUGAUGGAUUUGGUUGAUUGUGAUAAGAUUAAUAAUUAGAUGACCAGAUUGAGGUUCUUACUUUAAAUGGUAGAGUAUAGAUGAAAGGGAGUGAAAGGAAUAUUUAAAGAAUGAAAUUAAAAAACCCUGAAUUUUUAGCAAGUUCUUUUAAUAAAAGAUAGGAUGGCUCUAAUGUAUUAAUUUGUGUCUUAACUUUUCUCUUUUAGAAGGUUCAAGUCUCUGAUGUUUCAAGGGGCAGAGCUGUUUCAAGGGGCGGAGCUAUUUCGAGGGGCAGAGGCAGAGCUGUUUCAAGGGGCAGAGCUGUUUCAAGGGGCAGAGCUGUUUCAAGGGGCAGAGCUGUUUCAAGUGCCCCCGCCCCAAAUCCUAUUCCUCCAAAUCCGACUUCUGUUGAUGUUUUGGAGUCAAUUAUUGAGAAGAGAUUAAAUGUAUCUGGUUAUGCUUACAUGGCAGUUAAUGAGUACCUGAAAACGCAUUCGCAGGAUGUGGCAGAGUUUUCUGAAAGGAUACUAUCCUGGCGACCGCUUGGAUUAUAAGAGAUUUACAGCAGCUUACUUUUGGAUCAAAGGAAGAUUCAAGUUGUUUCUAUGAUUGGACUUAUCCGAGAGAGUGUGCCAACUACUUUUUCAGCACUCGCUGAUGGUUGUUCAUCGUGCAGGUUAUUGUUAUAGCAUUGAUUGAUAUUAUGUUGCAGAAUGGUUGAUUUGGCCAAUCCUUUCCUUCUCUAGGCUUGCUUUUCUGGUGUUUGCAUUGAAGACAGUUCACUAUAUUUUUGUGUCUGUUCUUUAGUUGUAGAGGGCUGCUUUGUGAUGAGGUGUCCUUGUGUAAAGAAGUUAAGUUUGUGAAGUGUUGUGAGAGGUAGGGUACUCUUUUUAUGAAUAAAAUUACCCCCUUUUU